ACCAGAUGCAAGCAGUGGGCAGAAGGCAAAUCUCGGAACGAGAGCUUGUAUCUGAGUCACAUUCCACGGUGUUUGAUCAUGAUCAUAACCUGAGGCUUUCGGUCCAGUCAAGUGGAACCAUGAUGCAUGGUAAUGGUUUCCAUCAUGUCCAGGGCAGAUCCAUGGAUGAGUUUAGAGAGCAUCAUUCUCAUUCGCCGGUACCUGAGGAUGUAGGGAUAACAGCUCAGCCGCGAACCGCUCAGAAGAAUCCAGGAAGAAUGUGCUUUGGUGUUUCUCUCCCUGGAACCGGGCAUACAGCAUAUGUUUUUGAGAUUCUUACUUCCACGGGGCAGACAUGGAAGGUAACACGAAGAUACAGCGACUUUGUGGAUCUUCAUCAAAAAUUGUUACAAAUGUUUGGAAAGCCAACUCGACCCUUUCCACCGUUGCCCAAGAAGGUGAUAGUGGGUUCACAGAGCAGCAAAGUUAUCGAAGAGAGGCAGAGAAUGUUGACCACAUACCUGCAAGCGGUGCUUGACAACAAAAUAUUGUCCAGUACAACGGAAGUUCGAAAGUUCGUAGAUAUGAAGGGCGAUGACGAAGAUGUGCCAGUGUCCGUGUUCCGUACUAACAUUCCGAGACCUGGCGAAUACAAACAAUAAGGCCGAACUUGUGUCUAGACAAGGCCAACCACAUUGCUCACGCAGACAUGGAUGUUCUGCCGUGCUUUGAAAUUAGGACGAGGAUGAAUUGAUUGCUGUCAAUACCCGAUAAUUGGCUGCUGAAUGUAAACUAAGCAAACAA